AUGGAAACCAUCUCGCACGUUACGCGUGUGCUUUCUAAGCAAUUUGACGCCGCUUCUUCGACUCCCGAAAUCAAUUCGUCGACUAUCGAGCUUGGGCCCACGGAAGCACAUGUGCUUCAGCGCCAUGAGGUAGCGGAACUCGUGCCUGAUUCCUCCUCCGACUACCAGGACGAAGACAAGGGUCUGGAGUUCCCCGAAGGUGGCUGGAUGGCGUGGCGGGUGACCCUGGGCUCGUUUUUUGGGCUGUUUGUGGUUCUGGGAGUCAUCAACGCCGUCGGAGCCAUCCAGGCGUACGUGGAGGAGAACCAGCUGGCCCAGCUGCCGUCUUCAACCGUGGCGUGGAUCUUUUCCAUCAACACCUUCAUGACUUACUUUUUCUCCAUCCAGUGCGGCCAGCUGUUUGACAUGUACGGCCCCUACCCCUUGUUGGCAGUUGGCUCUUUUCUGAUUGUCCUCGGUUUCAUGUUGACUUCGCUAUGCCAACAGUUCUGGCAAUUUGUCGUCUGCUUCGGUAUUGUCUGCGGCCUGGGCUCCUCCAUAUGCCUUACUCCUGCCGUGGCUAUCAUUGGAGACUGGUUCAAAGCCAAACGAGGAACUGCCACGGGAGCUGCCACUAUCGGAGGCUCACUGGGCGGUGCAGUCAUCCCCAUUAUGCUCAGAUCCAUGUACUCGUCAGUGGGCUACGCCUGGGCCGUUCGAACUCUCGGAUUCCUGUCUCUGGGAUGCAUGGCCAUCUGUAUCUGGUUAGUCAAGCCGCGGUUUGAGCGUGCCCAUGAAAAGAACGGACGAACCUUCUGGCAACUCUACGUCACCGACGUUCUGGACUUCCGAUGUCUCAAGGACAAACGGUUUGCAGCUCUCUGCUUCGCCGCCACCUUCUCCGAAAUCGCCCUCCUCAUCUCCCUCACCUUCUUCACCUCCUUCUGUCUCAAGAGCGGCAUGAGCCAGAACUACUCGUACAUUCUACUGACCAUCAUGAACGCUGUGGGAAUGGUGGGUCGAUACCUGCCUGCGUGGAUCUCCGACCGACUUGGACGAUUCAACACCAUGAUCAUCAUGACCCUGGGCGCCUCCCUGGCCAUGUGGAUCAUGUGGCUGCCUUUCGGAACACAUAGAGGAGCUCUCACGGCCUUUGCAGUCGUCUAUGGUUUCUUCACCGGCUCCAUUCUUUCCCUGAUCCCGGUCUGCUGUGGCCAGAUCAGCAAAACCUCCGAGUACGGCCGACGAUACGGGGUCAUGAACUUCUUCAUCGCGUUUGGAGCUCUGGGAGGUGUCCCCAUCUCUGGAGCUCUCAUUUUCGACACAAACUACGACUACCUCAUCAUCUUCAACGCCAUUCUCUCCACCAUCGGCUGUUUGGGAUGGAUCCUCGCUCGAACCGCCUGCGUCAAGUUCAAGAUUUGCAAGGUAUAG